UUUCCACCCGGUUGAGGCCCCCGCCGAAGAGGGCGGAAGUGGUAAGACUGACGUGUCUUGGGCUGUUCUCCUGAGCGCCGGGAGGACUCCUCUCCGGGGCCGUACUGGCCGAGGCUUGUUGGUCCCCGGAGCUGGACCAGGCCUCUGACUGUAGAAAGUUUCAUCGAAGAGCACUUGGCCGAGCCCAGGGCGGUGUGUUGUGCGGGGUGGCCGCAGCCGAUGCCAUCAGGCGCAGCAGCAGGCAACCCCGUGGAGGUCGGUCUUCAGGUCCUCUCCAACCCGCCGCUACCGCGCCGCUCUCAGGGAGACCCCGGCAGGAGCCCAAGGGCAGCUACGGGGCCGCAAAGGCUGCCGGCGCCGCCUCGGCCAGCCCUUCCCGCGCGGUCCCGCUGCCUUAAGAAUGACAAUCCUAGAGCACCCUGGAAGUUGGAGCUGUCAGUGGUUGGCAGUGCUGCUGCUGCUGGGGACAAGCCAUGGGCCAGGGGUAGAAGGUGUAACACACUACAAGACUGGCGACCCCGUCAUCCUUUAUGUCAACAAAGUGGGACCCUACCAUAACCCCCAGGAGACUUACCACUACUAUCAGCUUCCAGUCUGCUGCCCAGAGAAGAUACGUCACAAAAGCCUUAGCCUGGGUGAAGUGUUGGAUGGGGAUCGCAUGGCCGAGUCUUUGUACGAUAUCCGCUUUCGGGAGAAUGUGGAGAAGCGAAUUCUGUGUCACAUGCAGCUCACUUCUGCACAGGUAGAACAGUUGCGCCAGGCCAUUGAGGAACUGUACUACUUUGAAUUUGUGGUAGACGACUUGCCAAUCCGUGGCUUUGUGGGCUACAUGGAGGAGAGUGGGUUCCUGCCACACAGCCACAAGAUAGGACUCUGGACCCAUUUGGACUUCCACCUAGAAUUCCACAGGGAUCGAAUUAUAUUUGCGAAUGUCUCAGUGCGAGAUGUGAAGCCCCACAGCUUGGAUGGGUUGAGACCUGAUGAGUUCCUAGGCCUUACCCAUACUUAUAGUGUGCACUGGUCUGAGACUUCAGUGGAACAUCGGAGUGACAGGCGCCGUGGUGAUGAUGGUGGUUUCUUUCCUCGAACAUUGGAAAUCCACUGGUUGUCCAUCAUCAACUCCAUGGUGCUUGUUUUUUUACUGGUGGGUUUUGUGGCUGUCAUUCUCAUGCGUGUUCUUCGUAAUGACCUGGCUCGGUACAACUUGGAUGAGGAGACCUCUGGAGGCUCUGGUGAGGACUUUGACCAGGGUGACAAUGGCUGGAAAAUUAUCCAUACAGAUGUCUUCCGCUUCCCUCCAUACCGUGGCCUGCUCUGUGCUGUGCUUGGCGUGGGAGCCCAGUUCCUGGCCCUUGGCACUGGCAUUAUUGUCAUGGCACUACUGGGCAUGUUCAACGUGCACCGUCAUGGGGCCAUUAACUCAGCAGCCAUCUUGUUGUAUGCCCUGACCUGCUGCAUCUCCGGUUACGUGUCCAGCCACUUCUACCGGCAGAUUGGAGGCGAGCGUUGGGUGUGGAACAUCAUUCUCACCACCAGUCUCUUCUCUGUGCCUUUCUUCCUGACAUGGAGUGUGGUGAACUCGGUGCAUUGGGCCAAUGGUUCGACACAGGCGCUGCCAGCCACCACCAUCCUGCUGCUUCUGACGGUUUGGCUGCUGGUGGGCUUUCCCCUCACAGUCAUUGGAGGAAUCUUCGGGAAGAACAACGCUAGCCCCUUUGAUGCACCUUGUCGCACCAAGAACAUUGCCCGAGAGAUCCCACCUCAGCCCUGGUACAAGUCUACUCUCAUCCACAUGACUGUUGGAGGCUUCUUGCCUUUCAGUGCCAUCUCUGUGGAGUUGUACUACAUCUUUGCCACAGUGUGGGGUCGGGAGCAGUAUACGCUGUAUGGCAUCCUCUUCUUUGUCUUCGCUAUCCUGCUGAGUGUGGGGGCUUGCAUCUCCAUUGCACUCACCUACUUCCAGUUGUCUGGGGAGGAUUAUCGCUGGUGGUGGCGAUCUGUGCUGAGCGUUGGCUCCACCGGACUUUUCAUCUUUCUCUAUUCAGUUUUCUACUAUGCCCGGCGCUCCAACAUGUCAGGGGCAGUACAGACAGUAGAGUUUUUUGGCUAUUCCUUACUCACUGGUUAUGUCUUUUUCCUCAUGCUGGGCACCAUCUCUUUUUUUUCUUCCCUAAAGUUCAUCCGUUAUAUCUAUAUUAAUCUCAAAAUGGACUGAGUUCUGAGUGGUAGAACGACUGGUCUUUCUUAAGCCCUUUCUUUUUGCCCCAUUGAUGUCUGCUACCACCUUCUCUUGAGUGACUGAAUUGUGUUAUGGCAUUGUUGUUCUCUGGUGCUCCCUUCUCCAGAGAGAACCUGGAAAUUAUAAAUCUCUAUUAUAUGAGGAGUAUAUAUUUGGACUUUUUAAGUUGCCUUUCGUUUUGGUCCCAAUUUUUCUUUUUACAAAUAUCAAAAUAAAGUUUAUUAAGAAAAAGGAUC